AUGCGACUGCUAAACACCACGACGCUCAAGGUCAAGGAGUUUGUGAGCCAAAGACCCAAGUACGCCAUUCUUUCCCAUACAUGGGGCUCGGAAGAGAUCAUUCUCCAGGAUACGGAAGCAGGAGACUGGGCUGCUUCUAGUAUCAAAGCUGGAUGGAAUAAGAUCAAGGGCGCUUGUGCGCUCGCUCUGGGUGAUGGCUUUGACUGGAUCUGGAUCGAUACAUGCUGUAUCGACAAGUCUUCGAGCUCUGAGCUAUCCGAGGCCAUCAACUCCAUGUUCCGUUGGUACAGAGAAGCUGAGAUCUGCUACGCCUACCUUGAAGAUGUGCCUCCAUUGAGAUACGCCCCGCUUAUUGGUUUUCUGAAUCUCGCUCCUGACCUGGACUCGAAUUAUGUUACCUCCAUCAAAAAGGAUCAGAAUGCUUUCCUCAGGAGCCGAUGGUUUACACGAGGGUGGACUCUUCAAGAGCUUAUUGCACCGCAAAGAGUCGACUUUCAUGUUUCAGACUGGUCCUUUCUUGGGACGAGGAGUGAUCUUUCGGGUAUCAUCCACGAACACACCAUGAUCGACAAAGAGGCUCUCGAGUCAGAAGGCGUAGAAAAGCUGUCAAAGUUCACUGUGUGGAGUAGAAUGCAGUGGGCUGCCAGCCGAGAAACAACUCGCGUCGAAGACAUGGCUUAUUGCCUGUUAGGCAUAUUUGACGUCAACAUGCCGCUUCUAUAUGGCGAGGGAGACCGUGCGUUCCGCCGCCUCCAAGAAGAGAUUCUCAGAACCAUUGAAGGCUACAGCUUAAUGGCCUGGACGUCAUACGAUACGUCGCCCCAGCCGCUCAGAAUAUACCCAUCGGCCCUUGCGUCGCAUCCGAGAGACUUCGGCACUAUGAGAAUAGAUACGAGCCAUGUUUCGGAAGCUGCGAUUAAAAGAGAUUUUGACAGUGGCAUGCAAAGGAUCAGUAUGCGAGGAUCAACGUGUUCAAGUUUGAUCAAGCCAGAUAAAGAGUUAAUGCUCAGGUGCAUUAAGCCUUAUCUGAAUGGCGUCACUACCGACGUUCAUCAACCGCAUCUGAGGCCUGAUUCCUCUCCGCCUGCGUUAUCGCCGCGGGGUAUCUCAAUUACCAUGUUCACGAACAGGGGAUUGAACCCACAUCCAAACACUUGGCUUGCGUGGACUGAUUUGAACAUUCAUUUACCGAACGGCAUAUAUUGUCUCUGUAUCAUGCUUUCAGACGAAGAUAAGUAUACAAAUUGCGCGGCUAAGGCGUAUCGGCGCGAUACAGAUCGACUCUAUGCGGUCCCCUUUGCGAUGCUAGAGAUGUUUCAAUCGACAACGUUCUAUCUCCGGGCAACUCCAGCGUACUACGUCGAAUCUCUAGCAGAGUCCUGGAAUCUAAAGCCCGAGAAAUCCCGGCUGCGAUUUGACAGGCGGAAUAAGGCUGUGUCUGCGACCGUUCUUACUGCGUACCCCCCUCUGAAAAUGGAGAUGAAAGGGGAUGCGUACGCCUUCCAGACGAAACCGGGGGAGUUUAGAAGAGCAGUCGCAUUUAUGUGCGAUCCAAUCUGGGCUUUCGUGAUCGAAUUAGAGGAAUUGAAAGGACAACGGCGAGUGUUACAGUUUGCUGUCUUGUAUGGAAAGGAUUCAAGGCCAGAAUCUCAAUCUCCAGAGCAAAGGUGGCGCUGUAAAGUCACACCAGCACCCUCAAAUGUCGGCGCAUCCAUCGGGUUUUAUUCUUUCAUGCGCUAUUCUGACAGAACUGCGUCUCUUCAACAGAACUCGAUUCGGCAAUUCCCAUGGGGUGUUGUUGGGGCGGUGGUGAAUUGGGACAAAAAGGAAAAUCAUAGCGUUGUUGAUGUAAUGAUACAUCUAGAGAGGCAGCCUGAACAACCGCCUCAGGACUUAAUCACCACGAUGCGCGCACUGGAUUCCAAAUCGAAAUUGGAGUAA